AUGUGCUAUUAUUUAGGAAACAUUUGGGCAUCCUGCCCUGAUGGCUAUCGUGAGUGUCGCUGCGUGUCUCCUUGCACUUACGGCACUAUAAUGCAUCCUUGCGGAGUCUCUUCCCGCCAGUUCGUCUACACACAAACGAUGGCCGAGUGUCCUUGUCCAAACUGCAGGUUUCGGAGUUACCAGAGGACCCGUUCUGCCAGUAGCCCAGGUGAUCUGAACGAAGAUUCUGGAUCAAGUGAAACUGAGGCUGGAAGUGAAAGAUGCGAUUGUGCAGAUGGACGGGGUGGAGGCUGUGCAUGUAGAAGUGGGGUUUUGGGGGUGCAGAACGCAGAGGCGCUGGUCGUAGGGGAGGAACUGAAAGGCGUGGAGUUGGAAGAGGUGGAAUUGGAAGGGGUAGAGGCCGUGCAGGCAGACUCUCGUCCAAUCAAACCAGACAGAAUCGCGAAAAUUCUGACUGACACAACGAUGACAAUGGGGGACAGACCAGUGGAUCCCACGCAGCUCACAUGGUCCAGUGUCCAAGCAGGCAAACCAACGGAACUCAAAGCAGAUGGAGUACUAGGGGCUUAUUCAAUUUGUAAUCAUAGCCAAGUCACUGGUCAGAUACACAGGGCAAAGACACUGGGAUACAUAAUUGAGGGAGGUAGUUGA